AUGUUAAAUAGAUUAUCUUUAUGUUCAACAAAAAAUUUCAAUAAAAUUAGUCAAGGGUUUUUAAAAUCCAAAACUAAUGUUUUCGGAUCAUCAAGUAUCAGAUCAACCUAUUCAUCAAUUAGAUUUUUUUCUACCACUGAAGAGUUACCACCAAGAGAAUCUGACCAAUUUGAUGUUGUUAUUGUAGGUGCUGGUCCAGCAGGUCUUAGUGCUGCUAUUAGAUUUAAACAACUCUCCGAAAAAGCUGGUAAAGACCUUAGAGUUUGUAUUGUCGAAAAAGGUGCUGAAGUUGGUGCCCAUAUUUUAUCAGGUGCUGUCAUGGAUCCAAAGGCUAUGAAUGAAUUAAUUCCAGAUUGGAAAGAAAAAGGUGCUCCAUUAAUUACUGAAGCAACAAAUGAUAAAUUUAUGUUUCUUACAGAAAAUAGUUCAAUUAGAUUACCAACACCAAGAUUAAUGCAUAAUGAAGGAAAUUAUAUUAUUAGUUUAGGUAAUGUUACAAGAUGGUUAGCACAACAAGCUGAGGAAUUGGGUGUAGAAAUUUAUCCAGCAUUCCCAGCUUCAGAAGUUUUAUAUGAUGAAAAUGGUGCAGUCAGAGGUAUUGCUACUGCUGAUAUGGGUAUUGGUAAAGAUGGUAAACCAACUUCAAACUAUGCAAGAGGUAUGGAGUUAAAUGGCAAACUUACUCUUUUUGCUGAAGGUUGCAGAGGUAGUUUAACAAAAACAUUAUUUGAUAAAUUUGAUCUUCGUAAAGAUUGUUUACCACAAACUUUUGGUUUGGGUAUUAAAGAGACUUGGGAAGUUUUACCAGAAAAACAUCAAAAAGGUUUAGUUGUACACAGUUUGGGUUAUCCACUUGAUCUUAAUACUAUGGGGGGUGGUUUUAUUUAUCAUGGUGAAAAUAAUACAGUUUCAUUAGGUUUGGUUGUUGGCUUAGAUUAUUCAAAUCCAUAUUUAAAUCCAUAUCAAGAAUUCCAAAAAAUGAAAUUACAUCCAUUUGUUAAAGAUAUGUUAGAAGGUGGUUCAUGCAUUCAAUAUGGUGCUAGAACCAUUAAUGAAGGUGGCUAUCAGUCAAUUCCAAAACUUAUUUUCCCAGGUGGUGCUUUAAUUGGUUGUACCGCUGGUUUUGUCAAUGUACCAAAGAUCAAAGGUUCGCACUAUGCUAUGAAGACUGGUAUGUUAGCUGCUGAAGCCGCUUUUCCAAAACUUAUUGAAGAGGAUAGUGAAUCCAAGCCAUUACUCAUUGAAGACUAUCCAAAGAAUUUAGAUAACUCUUGGGUUAUUAAAGAAUUAAAAGAAGUUCGUAAUAUUCGUCCAGCUCUUCAUUGGGGUUUCAUUCCAGGUAUGAUUUAUGGUGCAAUUGAAAUGUAUCUUUUACGUGGUAGAGGACCAUGGAGCUUAUCUCAUGGCAAGGAUAACGAAACUUUAACCCCAGCUGCCCAAAGUAAGAAAAUCGAAUAUAAAAAGCCAGAUAAUAAUAUCACUUUCGACUUAAUGACAAGUGUUAUGAGAUCGGGUACUGGUCACGAAGAGAAUCAACCAUCACAUCUCAAAGUUGCAGAUAGAAAACUUGCUAAAGAAGUUAAUUACGAUGUUUAUGAUGGUCCAGAAGGUAGAUAUUGCCCAGCCGGUGUUUAUGAAUGGAUUGAAGGUGAAAAAGGUCCAACUUUACAAAUUAAUGCUGCCAAUUGUUUACAUUGUAAGACAUGUGAUAUUAAAGAUCCAAAACAAAAUAUCAAUUGGACUACACCUGAAGGUGGUGGCGGUGGUCCAGCCUACCAAAGUUUUUAA